UGAAAAUGGAAAAUUCCAAAAAAGAAAAACCCUCAAAACCUCAAAAAUCCCCUUCAGAACCUUCUAAAUCUCUCCCUCCAGAAGAAUACAAAAUUAGUACGCUACUGAAGUCUUGCCCCGAUGUACCUGAACCUGCUUUAGCCAUAAUCUCCUCUCAAAAUGCCCACAUAGAAUCCUUAAACACCCAAAUCUCUUCCCUCACCUCUUCAGUACAAAAACUUGAAUCCUUCCUUGAGCGACAACUCAACUUCAACGAACAACUAAUCACCGAGAAAGCCCAACUCAAGUGCGAAGCCUUAUCCAAAAAAUCAGAUUUAGAGAAAUAAAAUUAAAACAGAAACAGCCAAAGCUAUGGAACCUCUUAUUGAGAGUAUGAUUAGUAAGCAUAAUGAAGAAAAGAAGAAGCUCAAGAGAGAAUUUGACCUUAAAUUAGCCAAAACGAUAGAGAAGAUGAAUGAAGAGAAGUUGCAAGCUGUUAUUCAGGAAAGACAACUGUGGGAAAUUUGGAAGAAGAGAUUUGAAAAUGAUAGUUAA